AUGACAAUCAAGCUUGCCUUCUAUAUGCUCCUCAGUGCUCUCUUGGCUCUUGGUGCCACAGCCUCGCCAGCUUAUUAUGAAGACCGGAGUUUCAUUCGAGACAGUGAGGCCACCAGCAGUAUAGCUUCGAACACGAGCACAAGCAACUCCCUGCCCGGUCUUCCCUCGGGCUGCAUGAUCUCCUCCAAGAAUAUCGCAUGGGGCUGGCUCCCUGACGACGAAAACAGCGCCGUGAGCAUCUCCUCACUCAACUCGGCGACCGGAAAAAAGGCCUGCUUCUUCGGCGACUACUCCAAGAUCAAUGACGCUUCCUACGACGGGUCCGACAUCACGUACAAAGCUGCUGAUGCCGAAGGCGCGAUCAUGGUCCCCUCCAUCAUGCCGGUGGGCGUCACCUGGGAUCAAGUGACGACGACUCUGGCCAAACAGAUUGGCACUGUCGUUGAGGCUUUCACAAAGGGCGGUCUGGUCGUGUACCUUCGUUUCGCUCACGAGAUGAACUGUUACGCCAAACCCGGGUGCGCGACGCCGGCGUACCCAGGAGGCGAGGACUACGCUGGAUUCAAGAAGGCCUGGAUUAAUGUCGCCAAUGUCUGUAAAGGGAUCACAGGUUGCUACAUGAUGUGGUCGCCCAAUCUGCAGGACGUGUCAUCCCUGAGCAACUGGUGGCCUGGUGCAGAUUAUGUCGAUAUUGUCGCUGUGGAUCAUUAUCCAUCCAGCGAUUCCGACGUCAGCGCCGGCUUCAGCAGUGCAUACGACGACUUCUACAAUACUGCUGUCAAGCCUUAUGGCAAGCCUUUUAUGCUGGGUGAGACGGCGUAUGGUGGCAGCACUAAAGACGAUUGGGUCAAGGCCGUUACCGACAGUGACUUCAGCAGCUACCCCCUCUACCAGGGAGCGAUGUGGUUUGAGUACAACAAGGAGUCCAAUUUCUACGUGGUCUAUGAUCAGAGUCAGAGUGCCAUUGAGACCUUCGACUCCUAUUUCAGCUGA